GACGACUCCGCAGCGACUCCUUUAACUCAUUUUCUAACCUACUCGUCUCAUUUUGCCAAUUUACGAAAUGAAAUGAGAAUUAUAUUUUAAACUGGUAUGAAGCAGAGUUAACUCUGUAAAAAGCGAAAUGAAUAAGAACCUACUAGUAUUCGGAUUUCUGAUAUUUGUAAAAAUAGGAGAAACAUCGAAAAAGUUUCCAUUGAGAGCUUUUGUAGCGUCUACAGAUAUUGAUAAUGAUACAGCCCAUGCCAUUAUUGAAAUGCUCAGAUUGGCGGAAAUGACAUUCAACGCGUUGUCCGAUGUCGAUUUUGACGUACUUUUGGGUACGAGAGAUCUUCCGCCAAUGGAAAUGGCAACAAUGAUGUGGAAUUUGAAUCGAAUAAUCUGUGAUGAAAUGAAACUGGGAUAUAUGCUCAUGUUGGCUGGUACUAAUUUCAAAAAUUAUGGUAUUUAUGAAGAUAUUGCUAAUCAUAUGAAGAUGCCUCUUAUCGACUGGGAGCCUUCAAAAUCUGAAAAUAUAGGUAAAACGACUGAAAAUAAUCCGAUGAUAUUUUCGGUUGCUCCAUCAGCUGAGCAGCUUUUAAUUGAUUAUAUUCAAUACAAAGGAUGGAGAGAUGUUGUAUAUAUUCAUGACGGAAAAAAUGCUGAUCGCACUUUACGUACAAUGUUCUCAUAUCUGCACGAGAAAUCUCCGAAAUAUCAGUUAUUCGUUGAUAAUUAUGUGGCACCAUCAGACGAAGAGAUGUUCAAAGAAUUUUUAAACGAAUUUCAUCGGAGAAUAUCGACACAACACACAUUAAAAAGUAAUGAUAGUUCCGAAGAAAUUGAUGAACCAAUACCCGUAAAUGUAAUAGUUGACUUGGAAGGAAGCUACCGUACUCGUGCAUUUUUGAGAGCCCUUGAGGAAAGUGUACUUGUGAAGAAAGAAUAUCAUUAUGUGUUCUCGAAUUUCGAUGUUGAUGAGACUGAUUUAUCUGGGUUCCAUUUUUCGCUUAUCAACAUCACAAUAUUUCGAAUUUUCGACAAAAAUAAUAAGAAGUUCUUAAAAACACGUGCAGAAUUCCAUGAUGUAUAUCGUGGAGGAUUCUCGAACACUGACAGUAUUCCAACUGCUGCUGCAUUUGCUCAUGAUGCUAUUCUAGUUGCUGGAAAAGCUUUACAAAUUGCAAUGAAUGAACAUGGAAAAGGAAUUUUUGAUAAAUCAUUUGUACGUCAUCAAUUAUUUAAUCGUGGGAGAAAAGGAUUAUAUUGCCGUCCUCAUGAAGAUCAAACUGAAUCUCGUCAAUUUGAAACAUUUGAACAUGGAAAAAAAAUUGCGGAAGCUAUCAAAAAAGUUGUUCUCACGGAUAAAGAUGGGACAUUAACUGGAAGAAUACAAUUUGAUAAAGUCACUGGAAAACGAACAAACUUUUCCGCCGAAAUCGUAGAGAUUAAGCCAGGUGUAAAUUCUUUGAAUAGUAUUUGGGAGAGAUUUCAAUGGGCUGAAGGAGAAGGAUUUCUGCUUGGCGGAGAACGAUAUGUUCAGGAAAAGAAGAAAGACUCAAGUCAAACAAGAAAAGGAAUUUUGCCAUCGAAGCCAUGGCAGUUGCGUUUCAACGUGGUCACUGUUCUAGUAAAGCCGUUUGUAAUGCUGAAAAGAAGAAAUCCAGGAGAGCCAGAAUUGAAAGGAAAUGAUAGAUUCGAGGGAUAUUGUAUCGACCUGCUCAAUUUACUUGCAAAAAAUAUCACAGGAUUCGAGUACGACGUUUUUAUUUCUGAUGGAAAUAAAUAUGGGUCAAGACAAGCUGAUGGAAGUUGGGAUGGAAUGAUUGGAUAUCUUUUGAAUGAGACAGCGGACGUGGCAGUGGCUCCACUAACCAUAACCCAGGAGAGAGAACGAGCAGUUGACUUUUCAAAACCUUUCAUGACAACUGGAAUAUCAAUUAUGAUUAAAAAACCAGAGAAACAGGAAUUUAAUAUCUUUUCUUUCAUGGAACCACUUGGAAUGACAAUUUGGAUUUUCACUUUGAGCUCUUAUUUUGGGGUCUCUCUAACGAUUUUCCUCGUGUCCUGGUUUUCGCCUUAUGAGAAAAGAAUUGAAUUCAAACGUGGAGAGUUCACAGUUACUAAUGAAUUUACUCUAUAUAACUCACUGUGGUUCACAUUGGCAGCGUUCAUGCAACAAGGAACAGACAUCUUACCGAGAGCAGUGUCAGGGCGGAUUGCUUCUUCGUGUUGGUGGUUCUUCACUCUAAUUAUUGUCUCUUCAUACACGGCUAAUCUUGCAGCUUUUCUCACAUUAGAAAGAAUGACACCUCCAAUUGAAAGUGUUGAAGAUCUAGCAAAUCAGAAUAAAAUUCUGUAUGGUGUCAAUGAAGGUGGAUCAACGGCUGCAUUUUUUGAGGACUCAAUUGUGCCAUUGUACAAGAAAAUGUGGAACUUUAUGGUGAGCACAACACAGAAGCAGAUUGAAUUGGAAAAACAAUCGAUUACAAAUAGUACUUCCAAUCGAAUAUUUGUAAGCUCAUAUGCAGAUGGAAUUGAAAAAGUUCGUACGAGUAAAGGGAAAUAUGCAUUUUUGCUCGAAGAAACUACGAAUAAUUACGAAUCAGGACGGAGACCGUGCGAUACAAUGAAAGUCGGACAAAAUUUAAAUACACUGGGUUACGGUAUUGCGACGAAAAUUGGAAAUCCAUUGAGAGUUUCACUAAACUUGGCAAUUCUCUAUUUAUCUGAAAAAGGAGAACUCAAAAAGUUGGAAAACAAAUGGUGGUAUGAUCGUGGUCAAUGUGAUACAGGAACGUCUGAUGGUGGUACUAGUAGUAGUUUGAAUCUGUCAAAAGUUGCUGGAAUAUUCUACAUUCUUCUUGCUGGAAUGGUUCUUUCAAUGUGUACAGCACUUGUUGAAUUCUUAUUCAGAAAGAAUAAAGAAAAUCGAGAGAAAGAGAGAAAUCGAAUGAGAAGCUCUCGACCAUUGAAACCCGGGAUUUUGGCUUCAUGUGAAAGAGCAAAACAGAAACAAUUACAGAAUAGAAGGACGAAAAGUGAAGAAGUUUCUACACCCAGAAGUACAUUAUUUUGAAUUUUAACUUUGAAAUUGCAAAUAAAAUUUUAAACUUUGACGA